UGGUGGGCGGAGCCGAGCGACAGACUUCUGCUGCUGCAUUUGAGCGUUCACGUACGCGCGCGCGGCUCACGGGGAUGCGACCACGAAAUUAACACCACUGUUACUGCGCUGAAAUUACACCGAGACGCAGUUUGUCGAAGCCGCCAAAAAAAAAAGAUUGUUAAGAACGUAAAUUGCCAUGACUGAGCAGCAGAGGCAGCGCACCCUCUCCACCUCUGGAGAAUCCCUCUAUCAUGUGCUGGGUGUCGACAAACUGGCCACCACUGAUGACAUCAAGAAGUCUUACAGGAAACUGGCCCUGAAAUACCACCCUGAUAAGAACCCGGACAAUCCAGAGGCAGCGGAAAAGUUUAAAGAGAUCAACAAUGCCCAUGCCAUCCUGAACGAUCCUACCAAACGCAACAUUUAUGACAAGUACGGCUCCCUGGGGCUCUACGUAGCCGAGCAGUUUGGAGAGGAGAACGUCAACACUUACUUUGUCCUGUCCAGCUGGUGGGCCAAGGCGCUCUUUGUGUUCUGCGGCUUGGCUACAGGCUGCUAUUUCUGCUGCUGUCUGUGUUGUUGCUGUAACUGCUGCUGUGGAAAGUGUAAACCACGGCCACCUGAGGGACAGGACCAGGAGUUCUACGUCUCUCCUGAAGACCUGGAGGCCCAGCUGCAGUCUGACGAGAGAGAGGCUGGUGGAGGCGAGCCCAUUGUCCUGCAACCGUCAGCCACAGAGACCACCCAGCUAACAUCCGACGGCCACCACACCACCUACCGGACCGACACCGGCUUCAACUAAUACCGUCUCUCUCCAGCUGCCAUUCUUCUCCCACCCCUGAGUCCGAGGAACGAGCAGAGGAGCAACUCCAACAACUUAAAAGAAAAAGCCACCAUUGGCAGGGAGAAAAGCCAGUGAGAGUGGAACACAAGCUGAACUCUUUCAGACAUUCCCACCCGUUUCUCAUAUCCACCACCAUUCCCAUUCUUCCAGAGUGGCAUACAUUCACCUCAGUGUAGCUUGAUAAUAAGGAGUUUAAUGAAAAAAAGAAUACAAGAUAUUUUCUUUCUUGUUUUUUGGCCUUUGACUUCCAGACUUGCCUUUCCAUCAGCCUCCUCUCCAGCCAGAUUUGCUUGCUGUCCUGUAGCAUGCACUGUUCCCCAGUCAGUAGUUGAGGUUAAACACAGUAGGUCUGCUUAUGUGCAUUGUUUUUCUCACAGUCAGGAGUUCAUGAUGGACGUUCUUGUUGAAAUGAUGUACUUGACAUGCAUGUGUUUGUAAGAAAAGCCACGUUUAAGGAUUUUCCUUUUUUUUUUUUUCCCCUCUGCCACUGCAUGCUUUCAUUCUUCCCAUUGCACUUCUGGGGGGACAGAAAUCGGACACAAAAUAGGUUAAAUCUACGGUUUUAGGCCCUUGUAUAUAAUAUACUAUCCACUCUAUGUUAACUGUCUGCACUCUGUGUUAAUUGUCUUAUUAUGUCUGAACCUAAACACUAAAUGCAGUUCUAGUCUUUAGCAUUACUGUUUUCCCCAUCAGUUAUUUGAGUUUAAUAGACAAAAGUGAUGCAAAAGAUGCUGCCAAACAUGAUAUUUCCAAAAUCUAUUUUCUUAAUAUUUAUUUAUGCCAUCUGGAUUUUAAAUAGUGUGUUGAAGUGUUAAAAGGAAUGAGCCAAAAUGAGUAUGUAUCAGUCGCUGAUCAGAAGUUGUACAGCGUGGGUGUUGGUGUCUGUAGCAGCCUGAUCAAGCUACUGGGAUCUUGUCUUCGUAGCAUGUUCUGAUUCUUAGCAUCAGUCGUAUUAUCUAGCUCACUUUGCCUUGGUAGUAUCCCUAUACUCCCAUUUUAAGGGAUUUACUAUUGAAACAUUCUGUUCCAUCAUAUCAGACUAUACAUCCCCAGUGUGUGUGUAAAGAGGAAAGAAAAAAUGUUUUUAUAUAGAUAUACAAUGUACACACCCUGUGUGUCUGUACAGUAUAUGUAUAUUUUGUGCAUUUUUACUUUGUAAUUGUUAGCUCAUAUUUAUUCAAGUGUGUUAUUGCUCAUGGUGAUGUGUGUUAGUGAUUUAUUAGAGUGCAUCUCCUCUCCCUAUAUGCGCCAAGAGAUCAUGGUGAUUGUGAACGAAUUACCUGUGCUAGAUGGAAGUUGUUUAUUCAGCAGCAAACAGUGUCUUUGACUGCAGUGUGUUCUUCAGUUUGAAAAAAGGUACAAGGAUUUAAUGUCAGCAGUGUAAUGAAAAUUUAAAUAACUAAUUGUGUAAAAUGACAUCAGGCAUCCAUCUGAACACCAUUACACUCUCUCUUUGUGAUUACUGUUUUUAAAGCAUCAUGUUUUUUUUUAUUUAUUUUUUUUAUAUCAUGCUAUUGUGUCAUAACUCCUUUUUUUGUAUGCGAGCUGGAGUGAGAUGUCUGUCAGCAGUGAUGGACAGUAUUUCACCCCUGCACAUACUAUGUAGUGAAGUAAAGUAAAAGCAAGUGUGUUUUUACCAAUUGUGCUCUGAGCCAAUGUGUGACAUUCCUCCAUAAUACCAAUUAAUGUAAUGCUUUUUUUAUUUUGGUUUUUUCUUAGCAUAUGAACAGGGUGAUUAAAAAAUGUUAACACGACACUACAACACUAACACAAGGAGCUUAGCUUACUAAGACACAACAGUUCGUCUUUACUCCAAACUCAAUUUGGUAGAAAAACAGUACUGAAAAGAAAACUGGUGGAAAAUGUAGCCAGUGAGUGUUAACAUUAUUUUGAACCACCCUGUACAUUUUCUGAUAGAAUCAGUCCGAAAUGUAAGUAGUGCUCUGUUUACAUUUUUUUUUUCUGUGUAAAGCUCCUGUUUUGGAUUUUCAUGGUGCUGUACAGUUAAACACAGCCAUUUGAAGUUGCCAUACAUGUGCAUACCAAUGCCAAGCUGCGUUUCACAUUCAUACAUUUUUACCACCUACCAUCAUGCAGCCUCCAUUCAGGGUGUUGUGUUAUGUUUUGUGGCUUAUGUUACACUGCACUAACCACAUCACCAGCCUUGUUCACACUUAUUUCUUUGGAUUUUAAAGGCUAAAAACCAUUUCACAAUUGUAUACACUGGGCUUUUGAGCACAGUUCUCUGCAGAUAGAUAUUCUGUGUCUCUGACACUUUCUCUGUAUCUCUCUCAAACUUUCCCCCCUUGUGUGUCCCUGCUUUUGAUGGCUUUUCCUCCCCCUCCACAAAAUUACACUGGUUUGCCCAUUAAGGGUUCUACAUUGAAAUGUUGGAAAAUGCAACAUGUUUAAGUUAAAUGCAAUGGAGUAACAUGGGCAGGACACAGUUCCUUAAAAUGUGUGUAAUUAUAGUGAAAUGGUAAUCUGUUGUUUUUCUAUUUUAUUUAUGACCUUUGUCAUGUUUUUAAAGACUGUCCUUGUUUCAGAUGGUAUGUUAUUUGGAUGUGGCUGUGAAACUAUGCUACUCCUAGUUAAAUGGUCAAGGUCUCAUGUACAUACACGGAAUAAUGGAGUAUAACUAUAGACCUUUAUGUUGUAGCAUGGUUAUUGUCUGUCCAAAAGAAAACAUACAUUUAUCUGAUUUGCUGGUGUAAAAAUAAAUGUUUAUGAACAUUUCAAA